AUGGCUGAUAAGCUCAAAGCUGAGGGAAACGCUGCUUUCGCUGCGAAGGAUUUCGAUAAGGCUAUUUCCUUAUUCACUCAAGCUAUCGAAGUGGACCCGUCGAACCACGUUCUCUACUCAAAUCGCUCUGCUUGCUAUGCUUCCCUGAAAGAUUUUGCUGGUGCUCUACAAGAUGCCACUAAGUGCACUGAACUAAAGCCCGACUGGGCCAAGGGAUUCACAAGAAAGGGUGCUGCUCUUCACGGAGAGGGUGAUCUCAUUGCUGCGCUCGAGGCCUACGAAGAAGCGCUUAAACUGGACCCAAACAACGCUCAAGCCAAGUCUGGUGUCAAAUCAGUCAAUGAAGCCAUUAGCCGUGAAGCUGCCGCUGAUGGUCAGCCCGAUAUGGGACUUGGCCAGAUCUUCCAAGAUCCUAACUUCCUCCAAAAGCUUGCCUCCAACCCCAAGACCGCGCCGUACCUUGGAGACCCCCAAUUCAUGGAGAAACUAAACAGGAUCAGGACCAAUCCUAGUGCCAUCCAGAACGAGAUCAGUGAUCCUAGAGUCAUGCAGGUUAUUGGUGCGCUUUUGGGUAUCCAGAUGGAGAUGCCUAACUUCCCUGGCGCAGGUGGAAGUGCUUCCGGAGGUGAUGGAGACGUUGAGAUGCCAGAUGCGAGGAGCUCAGCACCUCCGCCGAGAGCCGCCACACCUCCUCCUCCUGAACCCCAGGAGGAUGAUGAGGAAAAGGUAAAGAAGGAGGCAAAGGAGGCCGCUGAUAAGGAGAAGGCUCUUGGUACAGAGAACUACAAGAAGCGUAACUUCGAUGCCGCCAUUGAGCACUACUCAAAGGCUUGGGAGCUUCACAAGGACAUUACCUACCUUAACAAUUUGGCAGCAGCCAGAUUCGAGGCUGGUGACUAUGAUGGCUGUAUUAAAGAGUGUGAGAAGGCUAUUGAGGAAGGUCGUGAGAUGCGUGCUGACUUCAAGUUGAUUGCCAAGGCAUUCGGCCGUAUUGGAACCGCGUACCAGAAGCAGGGUGACCUCGCAAAGGCCAUUGAAUACUACAAUCGUGCUCUUACAGAGCACCGUACCCCUGAUGUUCUCGGCAAGCUUCGUGCCGCCGAGAAGGCCAAGAUCGACUUUGAGCGGGAGUCCUACAUCGACCCUGAGAAGGCAGACCAGGCCCGUGAAGAAGGAAACACUUGUUUCAAGGCCGCGGACUGGGUUGGAGCUGUCAAGGCUUACUCCGAGAUGAUCAAGCGUGCCCCCGAGGACCCCCGUGGUUACUCUAACCGUGCUGCGGCGUUGAUCAAACUGCUUUCUUUCCCGGAGGCGAUCAAGGACUGCGACGAAGCCUUGAAAAGAGAUAAGAAGUUCAUGCGUGCACACAUCCGGAAGGCACAGGUUUACUAUGCCAUGAAGGAGUACAACAAGUGUUUGGAUGCUUGCAACCAGGCAACUGAGGCGGACACCGAAGGGAAGCACACCAGGGAGAUUGAAGAGCAGACAAGGAAAUGCAUGGAGACCAUGUACUCUACCAGAGAGGGUGAGACUGAAGAGCAGACAAUGGAGAGGAUCCAGAAGGACCCCGAAAUCGUCAGCAUUAUCAGCGACCCUGUCAUGCAGAGCAUUUUGCAACAGGCCAAAUCAAAUCCACAAGCCUUGAAUGACCACAUGAAGAGCCCUAUGAUCCGUCAAAAGAUUCAGAAGUUGAUGGCGGCGGGUAUCAUCCGGGUUGGUUAA